GUCUUCUCUGGUCUUAGUAGAUUUUAUAUGCUAUUAUGUAAGUUCCUAUUUGCUGUCUUAGUUGUAGAUGCUCGAGAUGUGUACAAGCAAUUUCUGAGCUCAUGCGGUCAAUUGCAGCGUUUUGCCCCCCCUUCGAAGCCCUAUGUAAUACCGUCAGAUAUCAGCUCGAUUACAUGUUACCACCCAGGAACCAUCUACCUCUCCAUUGGGCAGCGUCACCUUGACCUUGAAAGCAUUUGGCGUGGCUCUCAAAAGAGUGUACUUUCAGUUACUGCUUAUUAG